AAUUCCUAAUUUGACGUAGAAUCUAAAACACAAUACAAAAAGCUGAUGUUAUCUUUUUGCCACUUAAUGUUAUUUUAACGAAGAAGUUAUGAAAAGUCUCUCAUCAUAAAUGAAAUAUAGGUUACAUUUAAUACAAAACGUUGACAAUGGAUGUAGGAAUAUCUGAAUACAAUUUGGAAGAACAACCAACUGGGGAACGGUGGGAUCCACUUGGAGCCCCUAACGAAGAAAUAGACAGUGACUUUAAACAUUUUGAUGUUUAUGAUUUUGAACAUCAGGAUCACAAUGUACUGGAGAAAAUCAGAACUUUGGAAGAAGAACAAGAGCUACUUAAUUCGUCUUUAUUUGCAUUGACAACACAUUUUGCCCAGGUUCAAUUUCGUUUACGCCAAGUUGUAAAUUCUCCACAGGAAGACAGAGAAGACCUAUUGAAAUCCCUAGAAGAAUUUGCUUUCCGUGGUAUUCCAGAUGUGGGUCAUGUUAAAGAACGUAUGGAUGAGGCCAGUUUAGCAGAAGCUGUGAGAUUGAGGAGAUCACAACAAAAAGAAUUAAUUGACAAACUUAAAAGCCAGUUACGAGAAUUAGAACAAUAUGCGUUUGAAAAUGGAGAAGCUGGUAUUCCUCAAGAUAUGUUGGUUGAGAGACAAAGAAUCAUUCUGAAUGAAUUAAAGACCAGAAUGAAUUUAGAACUUGAUGAACAGAGUUUUUACCAGAUGUCUCAAGCAGAUGUUUGUAAGCAAAUAAAUAUGGCUUUUGAUCAGCUUGUGAGUCCUUUGAAAGUAAAAGAACAUUUGGUGUCACAAUUAAAAACUCAAAUAGCUGAUUUAGAAAGAUUCAUUGGGUAUUUACAGACUGAUAUAAAACAUUCCAAAUGUUCUUGCCAAUUUUCGUAUCAUUCCUUAAAACAACCAUACAAAGGAGAAACUACAAUUGGUCUUAUACAAAGAACUGCUACAAUUUUACAAAUGUUUGCUGUUUUACAAUUGGGAUGUAAGCCACAGCACUUCGCCAAAAAUGAUUUGAAAAAUUCCAUGAAAAUCAAUCAUUGGGGUGACCUUAGGGCGAAGUUGGAAAUGGCUAUUGCAAGAGUUAAAGAACUGGCUGAACAAAGUGAAUUCAGAAAAGAUCAAGAUGGUGAUUACAGCAGUGAUUCUGAUUCACAAAGUGUAUUAUGUAAUGUAAAGUUAACUACAGCAGUACGUAAAUACUUAGCUUCCUGUAUAAGAGAUCUAAUGCAACAUGGUGCUUAUGCUCCUCACAGCAACAGCCUUGUUCCAUUGAUUGGUUGUUUCCCUAGAAGAAACUCAUUGAGUGGUACCCAGAUUCAUGCGUGGGAGAUCAUUCUAGAAUAUUAUAAGAUGAAGAAUGGGGAAAAAUUCAAUUCCACCCCAGCAAGAAAGCUUUCGCAAAGUUUUAAUUUGGAUAUAGCUGGCGCUUCACCAUUUUCGAAUAAACAGAAUAUGUUAUGUUGUAUCGGCAGUAUUAUAUCCACACAUACUCCCUACAAAAGAAGUCCAGACUCUCAUUUCAAAGCAUUUAUUUGUGCUGCCCUCAACGCAAACAAACUUGUACCAUGGUUAACAUUGAUAUUUACAUGUAACCAUCUUACGAAAAUGUAUUAUCAGCCUUGGAGUUACCUUGCUAAGACAGGUUUCCAGGAUAGUCUAAGAAGUUUGGAUACCUUGUCAGGAUUUAAAUUCCAGUUACCAGUGGAUCUAGCCAUUAGACAGUUUCAAAAUAUCAAAGACGUGUUUACAUAAUAUUAUAUUAUCUCAUCCAUCUAGUCAUUCCAUACUUAUAGUUUAUGUAUGUAUUUCUGUGAUUUACUUGAUUUAAGCCAUUCCAGUUUUUGGAUAGUAACUAAUAAUCUCUCAUCAAUGGAAAUCUAGCUCUGCAUUUUCGAAUACCUUUAUAUAAAUAAAAAUCUCUAGCUCUUUA